UAGAAAAAUUCCCUGCUGUCUUAUCCACUCAUCUUUCUUGAAACUUUGCACGUAUCUCGUAUCUCAGCUCUCCUUGGCCUUCACUCAGCAGCUUGCCGAGCACCCAGAAAGCAGGGUGGGCUGAGGUACCUUCAGGCUGCUCUUUCCUCAGCAGCGUACCUCUCCUCUCUUCUCUCCCCCUUUUCCAGGUCAUCAGUCUGAACUUGACCCUUCAUUCUGAACACCAUGGCCCUGGCCCGCAGCCCCCAGGAAGCAUUGCUCUGGGCCUUGAGUGACCUUGAGGAGAAUGAGUUCAAGAUGUUAAAGUUCCGCUUACGGGAUAGAGCCCUGCUUGAGGGCCAGUGCCAGCUGGCCCGAGGGGAGCUGGAGGGCCUCAGUCGGGUGGACCUGGCUUCUCGGCUGACUUUAAUGUAUGGAGCACAGGAGGCUGUGAAAGUGCUGCUCAAAGUCUUGAGGGACAUGAACCUGUUGGAACUCGUGGAACAGCUUGGCCACAUUUGUCUGAAUGAUUACAGAGAAAUAUACCGAGAGCGUGUGCGCCGCCUAGAGGAGAGGCAGGAUGUGGAAAUCAACUGCAGGUACAAUCAGCUGCUGCUGGUGACCAAGCCCAGCUCAGGGAGCCCAGAAUCACCUGCCUGCUCCAUCCUGGAGCAGGAGCUGGACUCUAUCAUGGUGGAGGCUCUAUUUGAUCCAGGGGAAAAGCCCUACCAAGUCCCGCCCAUAGUGGUGCUCCAGGGGUCCGCUGGUAUUGGAAAGACAACACUGUCCAAAAAAAUGGUGCUGGACUGGGCCACUGACACCCUGUACCCAGGCCGGUUUGAUUAUGUCUUUUACGUGAGCUGCAGAGAAGUGGUCCUGCUCCAAGAGGGCAAACUGGACCAGCUCCUCUUCUGGUGUUGUGAAGACAAUCAAGUGCCUGUCACAGAGAUUCUGAGGCAGCCAGAGCGGCUCCUGUUCAUCCUGGAUGGCUAUGAUGAGUUGCAGAGGCCCUUUGCAAAGCAGUUGAAGAGGCUGAGGUCAAGUCCCAUGGAGGACAUGCUCCACCUCCUAAUCAGGAGAAAGGUACUCUCCACGUCCUCCCUUCUCAUCACCACUCGGCCCCUGGCUUUACAGAAUCUGGAAUCCUUGCUGGAACAACCACGCCAUGUUCACAUCCUAGGCUUCUCUGAGGAUGAGAGGAGGAGGUAUUUCAGCUCAUAUUUUACAGAUGAGGAGCAAGCCAGAAAUGCCUUUGACAUUGUACAAGGAAAUGACUUCCUCUACAAAGCAUGUCAGGUUCCAGGCAUUUGCUGGGUGGUCUGCUCCUGGCUGAAGGGACAGAUGGAGAGGGGCAGAGCAGUCUCAGAGACACCCAGUAAUGGCACUGACAUCUUCAUGGCCUAUGUCUCCACCUUCCUGCCACCCAAUGACAAUGGGGGCUGCUCCGAGCUUACCCGAGACAGGGUCCUGAGGAGUCUGUGCUCCUUGGCAGCUGAGGGCAUCCAGCACCGGAGGUUCUUGUUUGAAGAAGCCGACCUCAGAAAGCACAAUUUAGAUGGGCCCAGCCUUGCUGCUUUCCUGAGCAGCAAUGAUUACCAAGAAGGACUUGAGGUGAAGAAGUUCUACAGCUUCCACCACAUUAGCUUCCAGGAAUUUUUUCACGCCAUGUCCUACCUGGUGAAAGAGGACCAGAGAGAAGUGAAGAGGCUGCUGGAUGAAAAGAAGCAGGAAGGGAAUGAGGAGAUGACCCUCAGUAUGCAGUUUUUAUUGGACAUAGCGAAAAAGGAAAGAUUCUCCAACUUUGAGCUAAAGUUUUGCCUCAAAAUCUCCCCCACGAUGAAGAAGGAUCUGAAGCAUUUUAAAGAACAAAUGGAAUCUAUAAAGCAUAACAGGCCCUGGGAUUUGGAAUUUUCUCUGUAUGAGUCUAAAAUAAAAAAUCUGGUAAAGGGUGUUCAAAUAAGUGACAUAUCAUUUAAGAUGGAACAUUCAAAAGAAAAGAAAUCCUAUAGCAAGAAUGCAUUUUCUGUCAAAACCAGCUUGAGCGAUGGACAGAAAGAGAAGCAAAAAAGUCCAAGUGUGGACAAAGGUAAUAUUGCAGGGUCACUAAAGGAGGCUUCUAAUGGAAAAGGCAGAGGGACAGAGAAACUAGAGACAGGGAGGUUUGGGAGCAGUAGGAUGGAAAGCAGAGGAAGCAAGACAGCAGAGCUGAAGGGUCAAGAGGACGGUGGGGUAGAUGGACAGGAGGAUGAAGGGAAGAAGAGUAGAAAGGGAAGAAGAGAUGAGAGAUUAGACUAAUGGGUACCAGAGAGAGUGGAAGGACAGAGGAGCAAAAGAGAAUUAGAUAAUCGAGUGUCAGAUGACUUGGAACAUAGGAUGUGGAGGAGUCCAUGUGGAACAAGUUCUUAGGAACAACCCACAUUUGCCAUCAAUGGCCCCAGCUCAGUUAUUUAUCAACCCCUCCCCCUAGAGGCUGUUUAUAACCUCCUAUAGUGUAGAAUCUUGUUUUAGUAACUAACUCCUUUUAUAUGUUAAUGUCAAUGACCCAGCAAGUGAUUCUGAUGUUGGGCUCCUUUGCAUAAAAUAAACUCCUUAACAUGA